ACAAUGGAUUCACUCACGAACUUCCUCGCCAUCAUCGGCGAAGAAGUCGAAGAUGCGGAAGAGGAAUCCUUCCUCCUCUUCUCCCAAGACAUCCCCUCCGCCAAUCUAGGCUUCGUCGAUUCCCGCGCCACCACCAUCGACAUAACCAUCCACGACCAAGACUUCACCAUCCACCAAUCCCCAACUCUCCUCUCAUCAUCCAGAGCAGGCGGUACAACCGGUGCCGUCCUCUGGAAAAUCACCCCCCUCAUAUCCACCUGGCUCACCAACACCACCAAAAACCCAAACCCAAACCCACUAUGGACACACUCCCUCCUGACCCCCACUUCCACGGUCGUCGAACUAGGAUGCGGUAUAUCGGGGCUAAUCGCCCUCUCCCUCUCACCCAAAAUCAAUCACUACAUCGCCACGGAUCAGGAAUACGUGCAGCGUUUGUUUCGUCAGAAUUUGGAUGAGAAUUCUACUGCGUCUUCUACGUCUACGGGGACGAAAUCUAAGGGGACUGAUAAGGCAUCAAGGAGGAAUAAUAAUAAUAGUAAACAGUCGAUAAGGAAUCAGGAUGCUGGUAAGGGGAAUGUGACUUUUACGUCCCUGGAUUGGGAAUUGGAUGUUGCGGGGUCAUUGAAGGAGAGUUUGGGGUUGGUAUCUCCGCUUUCUGGGACGACUGGGUAUGGUGGGGAGGAGGAAGAGGAGGAGGAUAAAGGUUUCGAUUUGGUGAUUUCGUGUGACUGUAUUUAUAACGAGGCGUUGGUUGCGCCGUUUGUGAGGACGUGUGCGGAUUUGUGUCGACUACGGCCGGUAUAUACUGACGAUUCGGAUGGGAAUAAUAUGGGGGGAGAUAGGGGAGGGAGGAAGCCGACGGUGUGUGUGAUUGCGCAGCAGCAGCGGUCGCCGGAGGUGUUUGAGGCGUGGUUACAGGAGACAAUGAGAGUGUUUCGGGUGUGGAGGGUUAGUGAUGAGGUGUUGGGGGAGAAGUUGAAGUCGGGGUCAGGGUAUUUGGUACAUGUGUUGCUUUUGAAAUAGACUAGAUUACGAUGCUGGGGUGGAUGAAGAAAAUAUCUAGAUGAGGAGAAGUGUAUGUUCCAUUGACUAUGGACAUGGACAUGGACAUGGACUGAGCGGACCAUUGUCGGCUGGGUGAAAAUCAGCAUAUAUGUAAACUCCCCAAGGCACAAGGCAGUAUGGACAUUCUUGUGGGAAGCAGGAACAAAAAUAACAAUAGACGCAGCAACAGUGC